AUGGGCAUUCGCAAGCUCAGCUGGGACAAUUGGAUCGAAAUGGACUCCUAUUUCCUUCGAUAUCAUGACAUGAAGGCAUCAGAGCUGAAAAAAGACUUCAAUGCUCAUGUGAAGUAUGUUGAUAAUGCAAUGACCCGAGAUGCGUGUUUCGAGCUAUAUGAGGAGUUGGUUCGAUAUUUGACACAUCGGUAUCCUAAGGUCUAUCGCUUGGAAGGAGGCAAGGUAUACAACAGUCUGACAAAAGAAAACUUUCCUUUCCCAGCAUCAACCCCGGACGAGGCACUGGCAACUUCGGCGCUUUUGGUUCAAGACGAUUUGAUUAUCAUGGUUGAGAACGACGAUGGGCAAUAUCAUCUUGACGCCGCAGCAGUUUGCCUCCCUGGCUUCUGGCGUCUCAGGGAGAAGUUUCGGAUGUCACUCGACACACUGCAUUUCGAGGCUGGUGUUCCUCACUAUGCUGCCAAGUUACAAAAGUCAAUGAAUCGGUUCUUUCAGAACCUCACGCCCGACAAGCCAGUCGAGAGAAACAACUUCUUCAUUCAACUUGACGAUGGACUCCACUGGUCACAUCGCAUGGGUGACCAAGCAGGUACAGAAGUUGCAUCGUGGGCCACUGCAAACAGCAAGGAGCUAUCUAUUGAUGAAAUACACUUCCGCUCCGAGCGACAGACCCUCCGCCGACUGCCACGCUCCAAAGCUGUCGUGUUUACUGUUCGGUCAUACUUUGAGCCAGUAACACGAAUCGCUCAGGAGUCACACAUUCCAGGUCGUCUGGCUGAAGCGAUUCGAAACUGGGACGAGACCGUGUCAUUCUACAAGGGCAAGUCACAUUGGGACAAGAUCCUGCUCCCAUAUCUCGAUGAGCAAGAUCAGCUACAGAAAGAGCGAGGAAUUAUGGAGCAAAAUGAGGAGCAAUCGUUCCCGUAUUAG